AUGACGAGGAUGAUGACUUCUGCUACUUCUACUGCUACUUCUACUGCUACUUCUACUGCUACUUCUACUGCUACUUCUACCGCCACCACCACGGUGAGGGAUGCAAUCCUUUCAAGGAUGAGGUUCAGCUCUAUCCAAUCGAGGGUGAUUGUCAAGGGCAUGGUUGGGGCGAUUGCCGCGGCCCACUCGAGGGGUGAGAUCGGCAUCGAAUUCAUGGGUGGUGGGGCCUUCCAUUUGGUUGGGAGCAGGGUGAUCCUGAGGCAUCCCGGGGGAUCCUCGAGAUCCGGGCCCGGCAUGGAUGCCCAUGACAUCGACCUGAGGGAUAGGGAUCUGAUCAUGGGCGCACGGAUCGCCGCGGAGUUCCUUAUGGUAUGCAGGGAUUCGAGGAAGUUCAUCCGUGGCAUGGAUGAUGUCCUCCUGGGGAGCGAUGUCUACAUCGAUAUCGAUGAGUAUGUGCCGGAGCGUUGGGCGCAUAAGAACAGGAGGUUCUGCCAUGCCGUCCUGCUUGCGGUCUACACCGUUGUGAUGAACCCGGUCUUCGAGGGGUACUCUUGCAUCUUCAACCUGCCAUUGGAUGUCUGCGAGUGCGAUGCCGGAUUCUGA